AUGGGGCAUGUCGAAAGGAGUGGGAAGAAUAAGGCCGUUGCUAAGGAUGUGGAUAUGUCGAGACACAUCACAAGUGAUCUCAUGGAGUCCCAGGAUGCUUCAAAGCCAGACCCUGUAUCCUUCCCACAGGGGUCAAUUGCGAUACCUGUACAGUAUCAACAUCAAUGGAAAGAAUCCCAGAAGAUAUUCUUGAAAGUAGAUACCAAGGCAUUGGGGGUUGUCCAGAUCAUGAUUGCCUUCAUGAAUCUCAGCUUAGGCCUGUUUUUUAUUUUGUUUCCUGAAGAUAGUAGAAGGAGACGACAUUUUCUGUGGUACACUGGCUAUAUAUUCUGGGGAACUGCAUUUUUCAUCAUCUCUGGCUCCCUCUCCAUUGCUGUAGAGAAGAGAACCACAAAUGUUAUGGUCCAAAGCAGCCUAGCAAUGAACAUUGUCAGCUCAGUGAUGGCUGGCCUGGGAAUCAUCUUUCUCUCAAUCAAUUUGGUAACACACAUAUUCCUUUAUUACUGUCGCAAUGAAGGCUCCUUUUAUUCCUGCUUUAUAUUACAUUCUAUAUUUCUGGGAAUCAAUGUCAUUCUGUUAAUACUAGCUUUCUUAGAAUUUCUGGUCUCCAUUAUAAUCUCAGGCUUCACUUGCAAUGUGUUGUGCUGUGGCCAGAGUGAGGUCACCAUCCUCAUGCCUCCCUCUUCCUCCUAUGUGCCAGAGAACCUUGUUGCUGAAGCAAGCAAAGGAGGGACAAUGCUUCAAAAUCCAGUUGUUGACACAACAACUGCAUUGACAGGAAGCCAUCCUGAUGGUCACGUAUAGGAAACUUGCUUCCCUUUCCUUUCUUGGCUGUUUAUUAAUGAAAA